AAAGUUCUUUUGAACGGGAAGUAUAAGAUAACGGGUGUUAGAGAUUUAACAACAGGAUAUGACAGUGAUCAAGCUGAUAAGAAAGCCAUUUUGCCUGUUUCCAAGAGUAGUCAAAUGAUAACGUUUUCCUUUGAAAAUGGCUUUGUGGCGACUUUAAGAACGAGUGGGACUGAACCAAAAAUAAAAUACUACACCGAGUUAUGUGCCUCACCAACAGAAAAAGACAGAACAAAACUUCACGAAAUCUUAAAGGAAAUGGUAGAAGGCAUUCUGGCAGAGUUUUUACAACCUGAAGUACAUGGACUGAUACCACGAGAAAAUUGAGUAAUUUUUUGUAUUAUCUACCUAUACAUUCCAAAUGCUCAAUCGAUUAGUUAUUUAUGCCUUUGUAAUACGUAAAUAGGUUUAAUGAAAAAAAGAAUUAAUAAAUAGUUAAGUAGCAUCGA